UAGAACAGCCCCCAAGCAUCCAGGAGCUCCACUUCCACACUACCAACCAACCAACCACCUACUGCAGGAGCAACUUGACAAAACAACGUAAAAGUAAAGUGAAAUGAAAAGUGUUAAGUUUCGAUCGCCGCGUUGCAAAGAAAUAAAAAAUGAUGCGAUUAAUAAAACGAAAAAAUGAAGGUGUAACAAAAAACUAAAAAUGAAACUGCAUACCAUUUGAUUCAAUAAUAUCGAACCCAUACAAGGUGGAGAGGAACAAAAAUUCUGUAACCUUUUUUGACAUUGAGCUGCGGGAGCGACAAACCAAACCAAUCAUCAUCACAUCAUCAAUAAUAUACAACAUAUCUACGUACCAGUGCCACCAUUAACUAAGAAUAAUUAAUAUAUGGACAACAAAUUGAUACGGUGUAUGUGUAUUUCCAUGCAAAAAAGUAAAGAAUACAUAUGAAAAAAAAAAGUAUUAUAACAAUUUUAGAAUGAAUGUCUAGAAUGAGUGUUUGCAUAUACCACAGUGUCAGAGAAAUCAAAGUGAAAAAGUGUAACAAAAGAGAAGAACAAAUAAAAUUCUACAUGGGCAAAAGCAUAAAAAGGUGUAAAUUAAAAGAGAAUGCAAAAAUUUUGUUGUGUAAUCAAGAAAAAAAUUAAAAGAAAAAAACUAAAAUAAUACAACUGUUGGGAGGAACAUCGUUAAAAGGAUCAUUGUUAUAGACAACAAAAAUUCACAACGACGGCAACGAAAGGCGUGCGUGCAAAUUCACACGCAGUUUCAUCAUCCAUCGCUGUUGUAAAGAACUCAAAAUACACGCAAACGAGUUGCACCAUAAGUUGCCUAAACCGCCUGCCUGUCCUACUAUCCCCAAAAGACGUAUAAAAACAAACAAACAAAAUUUUCCAUAUACAUACAUAGAAAGCCAUAAACAAAAACAAAACUCUUGGGAAUUUUCCAUACUUGGCCCUUCAACUUUGGAAAACUACCACCACUACAACGACAACAAACCAAAAAGAUAAACAGCCAAACAUCAACAUUGUAGGACAACGACACCAACAAAUUUCUGACCUUCGUGUGUCUUAGCGGUUAUAUUGUUGUGACAUUACCGUGGUAGUAUAGGUGCCCCAUAUAUCCGUUUGCAGCUUAAAGAGAUCAGUGCUAAGAGAGUCGUGUUUGCGUGGGUGUAGUAUAAUAAUUGUGCACGUUAUUUGUUGAUAAAUCACCAUCAAAAUACCACCAGUCCCAAUGGCUAAAGAUGAAGAAGAUGAUUUGUUGCCCGACAAGGAUGCCGCAAAGGGCUUUUAUGCUAAAUAUGAACCUAAAGAGAUAUUGGGCAGAGGCAUAAGUUCAACGGUCCGAAGAUGUAUCGAAAAGGAAACUGGCAAAGAGUUUGCUGCAAAAAUCAUCGAUUUAGGUGCUGGCACAGAAACCGGUGAUACAAAUCCCCAUCAUAUGUUAGAAGCUACCAGACAAGAAAUCUCAAUACUCAGACAGGUUAUGGGACAUCCCUAUAUAAUUGAUUUGCAGGAUGUCUUUGAGUCUGAUGCGUUUGUAUUUUUGGUAUUCGAACUUUGUCCGAAAGGAGAAUUGUUUGAUUACUUAACAUCAGUUGUUACGCUGUCCGAGAAAAAGACACGCACAAUAAUGAGGCAAAUAUUUGAGGGUGUGGAAUACAUACACUCGAAGAAUAUUGUACAUAGAGACUUAAAACCAGAAAAUAUUCUACUAGAUGAAAAUCAUAAUGUUAAAAUAACAGAUUUUGGUUUUGCGAGGCAACUGAAGGAGGGAGAAAAAUUAACAGAUCUUUGUGGGACACCGGGUUAUUUGGCUCCCGAAACCCUUAAAUGUAAUAUGUUUGAAGGUUCACCGGGCUAUGGCCAAGAAGUAGAUAUAUGGGCCUGCGGUGUCAUAAUGUUUACUUUACUGGUGGGCUGUCCACCAUUUUGGCAUCGUAAACAAAUGGUAAUGCUGCGCAAUAUCAUGGAAGGCAAAUACAGUUUCACAUCACCAGAAUGGGCGGACAUAUCAGAGGAUCCUAAGGAUCUAAUACGAAAAUGUCUAGUCGUCGAUCCUGCCCAACGGAUAAGAGUCCAUGAAGUAUUACAACAUCCAUUCUUUAAUCAAAUGGUUUUAUUACCCGAACCCUCGUUUGAUGGUCAAAAAACUACUUAUCAUCUGCGCGAACAAAGUAUUCAUGAAAUUCGGCAAUAUUCCAAAUUCUAUCAAAACAAUUCCAUUAACACUAAUCUGUUGAAUGCAAACAAUAAUUACCAUCCUGGACAAACUGCAUAUUCCAACAAUGCCUUAAACAACAACGUGACUCCCAAUACUAAUAGCAUCAGCAACAAUUUGCCCGCUGGCUCGGGAAACAAUAACCAGCAAUCGCACAAUAAUCUGCAGCAAAAGGAUAAGCAACUGAUAUAUCGCCAAAGUUAUGAUAGGAAUGCCAACAGUAUAUAUGGCUCUCAAGCCCAGAGUGGAUUUACGGAUAAUACUCAAAAUCUCAAUAAGGCGGGAGAUUAUUUUGUAACACCUCUAGCACCAGGACCAUUAUCCCAACAGCAUAUGCAGCAUCAAACGUCGGCAUAUCAUCAUCAAAUAUCCUCUCAAUUACCUAACUAUCCUUCUACUCAUCCUGAGUUUUUCUAUACACCCCAGCUGCGUAAACAGAGUCGCUUUAAUGCCCGCAAAAAAUUCCAAUUUGCUAUAUUGGUAAUCCGAGCAGUAAUACGCAUACGAAGAUUGAGGUACACUGCAGAACCAUUGCAUGUUGAAGAGGCUAUACGUGAUCCUUACAGAGUUAAAGUUUUGCGUAAAGUUAUUGAUGGCUGUGCCUUCAGAGUUUAUGGUCAUUGGGUUAAGAAGGGUGAAGGUCAAAACCGUGCCGCCCUCUUUGAAAACACACCACGCACUGAGUUACAUGCGCUGUAUAUUAAUAACUUGAGUCGAUAGUUUACUGUUUUGUUUAAUUUUUUAUUGAUCUUAUUUAACAUCCUCACCUCAACUCACCUCCCCCAAUCUCCUUUUAUUGUUUUAUGUUUACAAUACUUGUUUUGUCUGCACAAUAGAAAUGAUCCGAAGUCAUUUCUUUGGUUUUUUUUUAUAAUUUAUAAGUGAAAAUGAAGUUUCCUUUUUUAUCCAAAAAGUUGCAAAAUUUUUAGUUUUUUAAAGCUUCACCGUGUUGAAGCAUUGAGAAAACCUAACUAUUAGUGUGUACGAGAGAAUAUACAAAACCCAUUGAUCAAAAUAUUCUAGUUUUGUUAAGCGACAAUUUUUUUUUCUAAUUUUACUAUAUUUAAAAAACAAAAGAAAAACUAUUAAUUAGUUUUAUAUCAGUUGUAAUUUAUUUGCUAACUUAGUAAUAUCUAGUUUUAAUAAUUCCUACAUUGUUUUGUUUCUUUUUCUUCAAUGAUAAUGUCAGUAGUUGAAGCUUUUGAGAAUAUUGAGCCAUAAAAACAAAAAAAUAAUUAUAAUUUUAAGUCUAUAGGAGUUGUUUGUUAAAGUCGACCAUAUCAUAAGAAACAAAGAAAUUAAUUAUACUAUAAUGAAACACCCACAAAAUCGUAAUAAAAAUGUCUAUUUAUUAAUUCACAAAUAAAGAUUUAUGUUUUUACCACUAGAAAA